AUGUUGCCCAGACACAUGAGUGAGGAGCAGGAGCACCUGAGCUCCAUCUACCCUGAUCCUCCCCAAGGCGCCUUCUCUGCUGCCGGCGUGGACCUGGGCCUCACCUCCGACGUCUACUUCCCACGACUCGCCCAGGAAUUCCCCUCAAACAUGAACGGCUUUGACCACCACCUGCCAUAUGCCGCCGACGGCCCCACAGGCUGGUCGUAUGGCGGUCGCAUGUCACCGCCCAUAUUCCAGGAAGACAGAGAGAUGGGCAUCCCUUCAAACAUGUCCACUGCUUCUGCCCCUUCAGCGCCUUCCUCAGCAGUCGGCUCACCACAGUCAAACCACGGCCAGCCAGCACCAGUACCCGAGUGGGCAGGCCCUCAAGGCGUGGCCCUGAGCCCCGGCAUCGUCGGCUCUCACGAGUACUUCACCGGCUCCGAGUACAACAGCUACGUCCCACAAGGUAUGGAGGAUCUCACACCUUUCGCGUUCGCAGACAGUUCAAAACCACCCGGAUAUGUUGACCCAAGCUUGAUCCACCACGAGAUCAGCCGGCCGCUCAUGCCGCCUUAUGACGCUGGUUUCCAGCAGAACUCAUCCGCAUACCCCAACUCGCCCGCUCUCACUGCAUCCUCACCACACCUAAGGACAGGCAGCCAAAGCCCAUUCAUGCCACCCAACGCCAGCUACCACUACUCUCCUUACCAAGCACCGAUCGACCAAGGACGACGGCCCAGCCUGGUCUCGUAUCAGUCCGGCCAUUCUGGAGCGUACAGCGACAGUGACUCGAAGGAGAAGCAACGAUGCCCGCAUCCCGACUGCGGAAAGACCUUCAAGGACCUCAAAGCCCACAUGUUGACUCACCAGACGGAGCGCCCCGAGAAGUGCCCCAUCACGACGUGUGAGUACCACAUUAAGGGCUUUGCGAGGAAGUAUGACAAGAACCGUCAUACCCUCACCCAUUACAAAGGCACCAUGGUCUGCGGUUUCUGCCCAGGCUCCGGCUCCGCAGCGGAGAAGUCCUUUAACAGGGCAGACGUGUUCAAGAGGCACCUUACAGCGGUGCACGGAGUGGAGCAGACACCACCCAACAGCCGCAAGAACAAGAAUGGUGCCUCCACCUCAACAUCCACGGGGAAGAAGCCAGGGCCCGGUUACGCGCCCGAUGCCACUGGCAAGUGUUCGACAUGUUCGCAGACGUUCAGCAACGCGCAGGACUUCUACGAGCACUUGGACGACUGUGUUCUGCGCAUUGUUCAGCAAGAAGACCCUGCUGAGGCGGUCAACGCGAGGAGGCUCGCGGAGGUCGAGAACGACCGCGAGGUGCACGCCACGCUGGAGAAGAACAGCCUGCCGACCACGACGCAGACGAUGAUGACGGAGGACGACGAUGACGAGGAGCUGAUGGAGGACGAGGAGGGCCAGUUCCUCGACGAGCAGAACCUGAUGGCGCUCGGCGUCAAGACCUCGGCGUCGCCCACCAAAAAGUCCAAGGGCAACCCGGCCAACGGCGUGCAGAAGUCCCGCGGCCUGACGCACUCGCGUGGCGGUGUCUCCAUGUCCAAAUCCAACGCCAGCAGCCGGGCGCGCAAGCACCGGAGGGAGUACCCGUCGUCGUGGGGUUUCGACAAGGGCCAGAUGACGAUGAAGAAGCGGGUAAUGGCCGUCUUUGACGGACCCCGCCGACUGGCCAAGGACGACAUGAUGCUGUCCACGGAGCGCGAGGUGCGGGUGCCACUUGCGGACGGCAAGUCCUAUGUCACCGACCUGGACGUCCAGACCAUGAAGCGUGCCGAGGGCUUCCUCAACGCCACCGAGGAGGAGAAGGGCAUCUGGAUCUCAGAUGACCCGACGGAGGACGACAUCAAGGCCAUGCUGGAUGCUCAGAUGCAAUGA